UGGUUUCCUGCACUGGCAGGAGCCGUCUACUCUGACCGCUUUUUUUAUUUUGAAAGGGUUGACAGGAAGCUUUCUCGUUUCAGUCGCUCUAACUUCCAGUGGAAGUUGGACAUCCUCAGAUCCUGAACUCAACAACAAGCUGGCACAUCACAGCCAGUUGUGCUUUUCCUCUUCUCUCUCUGUGUUCUGGGAGUCCUUCUGUCUCCCCCCACCUCUGCCUGCAGUCACGGCGGGAGUGGGUGUGUCAAUGCGGGCCCGUGGAGCCUAGUCGCUGCUUGUGCGCGCUCUGAAAAAGAGGAAAAAGUUGAUGAUGAGUUUAGUGUGAAAGCGGCCCGCCUCGGAGCAGGCUAACCGUCCCGGAAUGGCAGUUUGGACCCGAGCAGACAAAAACGGACAGCUGGACCUUCUGCUCCGUGACCGCUGGAUCCGAGUGACCGCCGAGCUCACCCGAGAAACGCUCACUUUGACGGCCGACGCGGAGGCAACCGGCCCCGGGACCAAUCACUGGGACUACAGCAACUCUUCGGCGGGCCUGCGAAAUGGCAUGUCAAACGGAAACGACCCGGGAACAAGUCCCGGGAACCCCGGCCGCGGUCAUUCCUCGGGUCAGGACCAACUCCAGAACCAGAGCCACGGGGGUCGGGGGCGCAGUGGCAGCCCGGGGCGCGGGGGGGUCAGUCGGGGUCAGUACGACGGUGGUUACAGCAUGAACAGCCCUGGAAAGUACCCGAAUAACGGCACUAACUCAGACUUCGGGAGCCCCGGCUCCAGCUACGGCAGCCCCGGGUCCAGUUUCGGGUCGAGACCAGGCGACUUCCACGUCAGCCUGGACGGGUCUUCGGAAGCUGUGCGCAAAGUCCGGGUUGUCAAACAGGAGUCUGGCGGGCUGGGGAUCAGCAUUAAGGGGGGGCGCGAGAACAGGAUGCCCAUCCUCAUCUCAAAGAUCUUCCCGGGGCUCGCCGCAGACCAGAGCCGGGCUCUCCGGGUGGGCGACGCGAUCCUGUCGGUGAACGGCAACGACCUCCGGGAGGCAACGCACGACCAGGCGGUCCAGGCGCUCAAGAAGGCAGGCAAAGAAGUCACGCUGGAGGUGAAGUACAUCCGUGAGGUUUCUCCACUGUUCAAGAAGCCAUCCCUGGUGGCUGACCUGCCGUGGGACGGCGUCCGCCCACAGUCACCCAGCUACAGCGGCAGCGAUGACUCAGGGUCGCCCAAACACAGCAGCAGCUCCUCCUCAUCCAAAGACAGAAAGGUCAUCAGUCUGAAGAUGUGCUUCAUCUGCAGAAACCUCACCAUGCCAGACCUGGAGAACAGACUGUUAGAGCUCCAUUCCCCAGACGGCCAGCACACGGUGGUGCUGCGAUGUAAAGACGGCCCCACCGCCAACACCUGGUUCACUGCCAUCCACACCAACAUUGCCGCCCUGCUGCCACAGACCUUGGCUCACAUCAGCGCCUACCUGGGGGCCUCGACCUCAGCCUCCACACACCCCCAUCUCAAACACAUCGGCUGGCUGGCUGAACAGGUCCAGCUAGAAGGUGGACGCCAGCAGUUUAGACCAGUGGUCAUGGCGCUGACCGAGAAGGACAUCCUGCUAUUUGAAUCGGUGCCGUGGAGCCGAGAGUCCUGGUCCAUGCCUGUGCUCACACACCCGCUGCUCGCCACCAGACUGGUUCACUCAGGCAGCGCCCGCAGUUCUCCCGCCCAGGGUUCAGACCUGGUGUUUGCCACUCGGACUGGAACGGGCCGGGGCAUCGAGUCCCACAUCUUCCGAGUGGAGACCCACUGGGAUCUGUCAUCAUGGACGCGAGCCCUCGUGCAGGGGACGCACACGGCCGCUGAGAUCAUCAAAGAAGUCUCCAUUGGUUGCACAUUGAACAGACAGGAAGUUAGGCUGACUCUACACUAUGAAAAAGGCUUCACUGUGACGAGGGAGCCAGCCGACCCGAGCGGGGGGGCUGUGCUGUACAGAUACCCCUACGAGAAGCUUAAAAUGUCUGCCGACGAUGGAAUACGCAACCUGUACCUUGACUUCGGAGGUCCAGAGGGAGAAAUGGUGUUUGAUCUCCACUCGGGUCCAAAGCCAGUGGUGUUCGUCCUGCACUCCUUCCUGUCAGCCAAACUCACUCGCAUGGGUCUUCUGACGUGAAGCCUGCCAAAUGCUGACAGCGUGGAUGAGAGGAUUCUUUUUUCUUUCUCGUUUUCAUUUCUUUUUAAUAUCUUGUUCGUUUUUCCAACUUGUCCGCUCACAGCUGAAGUCAGGCCUGGCGUGGUGCUGCAGGGGGAACCUUAACCCAAGGAGGUGCUUUGUCUGAUUGUCUCAAAAAUGUGCCUUCUCUUCCAGCUUCUCCUCGGCCCCUUGUGGUCAGCUGCGUUGCGAGGCGAGGUACAAGGAAGGGGCACUUUGUUUUAAGUCACGAGGUGAAGGGAGACUGUUUUCACAGAAAACAAAAAGUGUGUACAUAUAUAUAGCAGUUAACAGUCUCAUAACAUUCCACGUGAUUGUGGGGCUUUUUCUUUUUAAAUAUAUUUCAUUAUAAAUAUCCGAUGAGAUGUUGAUGCAGCCGAUGUGCUUAUGAGAUUGCAGCACUUGUGCGCUCUAAGAAACGUGUUAGUGAAGUGCAUCGAACUAAAGGAAGGCUUUUUUAACUGACCAAGCGCAGAUUGGUAAAUGCUCCCAGUUUUUACUCUGCCUAUCAUUCCACGACAGCCUUCUGGUGUAUUUUGGGCUCUUUUUAAAGCGUGCGUGUUUGUCUUUGUGAGAGGAAGACGCUGCUUUAGAGUCGCGAUGCAGUUACCCGAGCGGAGGUUGUGCGCGUGAAAGAUUUCUGCGGACGAGUGUGUCUUUCCUCGCUGCACGCUGCCGUUGGCUUGAUAGUGUGCCUCAUAGUUUUAGCACAUUAUCCCAAACUACUGUUGUAAUCAGGAUCACCAACUGUGCCUUGUUACUUGUAGUCAGAGACACUCUUUAUAGUGUUCCCUUUUUUUUUAAAUUCACACAAUAAGAGAAUUUUACGCUUCAGUCAUGCACAAGCAAUAGUAUUACUCUUAUAGUGUAAACAAUGUUACGAUUUUUUUAGUGUGUAUCUCCUGAAAGCAUGACUUCCUGAUGUUUAUAUAUGACGAUUAUAUAUGACAUGACCGUGCGUUACCUCCCCCACCCGCGACUCAGACACCUACACUACCACAUCGUCUCAUCUCAUUCUGCUUCGCUUGUGAUUACACCUCUCUGGUUGCCAUGCCCACAUCAGCAUUUGUGUGGUCAAAUACCUUUUAACAGGAGCGUCACAUGACAGUGAGCUGACAGUGAACUGACAGUGAAUGUUAAAACUGCCUCACCUCCUAAAACAAAAACAAAAAACAGAUUCAGGAAAGUUGUAAUAUCUUAUUUCUGGGUGAUUGAAUGUUCAAAGAUCAGUGUUCCUCUGGAGUACCAUGAAUGGCCGAGUUUACCCAACAAGUUCUACAGUGAAUUUUUCUCAUUUUAAGCACCCAAAGUGAAAAAUAUUAAACCUUAACAGAAGUUUAAAAAAAGUCUCUCAUAUUAGGUGGACCUGUUGCGCUCGCUUCCAGCUCUUUAUUUGUCCUCUAGCACAGCGGUCCCCAAACUUUUUUGCGCCACGGACCGGUUUAUGCCCGACAAUAUUUUCAUGGACCGGCCUUUAAGGUGUCGCGGAUAAAUACAA